AUGCAGCCUCUUCGUCGUAAGGCUCCUCUUUUCAACUCAGAAAUAGGGGCAAUGAAGGGUCGCAAGAACAGUAACCUUUCUAUUUUUGUAGUGGUUUUUUCCAUUUUCCUCUUUGGGAUAUUCAUGUACAACGAAGAUGUUAAAUCAAUAGCUGAAUUCCCAUUCUCAAGGCCUAAAGUUCAAGAAACCCAUCAAGAAAAUUCCAAAAAAGAUACCAAGAAAGAUGUUGUGGAAGAAACUGUUGAUGAUACCAAGAAAGAUGUUGGGGAAGAAACUGUUACUAAAAGUUCAAGAACUAAACUUGAGAAAAGGGAUGAUGGUGAUGAAGAUUCUGAUGAACAUGUUGAGGUGAAAAAGAUUGUGAUGACAGAGAAAGAAGAGAAGAUUGAAUUGUUGGAAGAAGAGGAAGAAGAUGAAGAAGAGUUGAGUUGCCACCAAAAGAUUGUGAUUUGUUCAAUGAACUGGAAAUGGCAACCUAGAGAUUGUUCUAUGCCAAAGUUCAAGCCAAGAUUGUUGUUUAAGAAGAUAAGAGGGAAAAGAUCUGUGGUUCCUUCAGAUAAGAAGACUUGGUACAAGACUGGUUCUCUUGCAAUCUUGAAAAUUGAGGAGCCAGAGAAUAUAAUUACUACGGUGGAAUUCUACUGGUCCCCAUUUCUUGUAGAAUCAAACUCAGAUGAUCCAAAUAUGCAUAGCAUAUUGAACCGUAUAAUAAUGCCUGAAUCAAUUGAAAAGCAUGGGGUGAAUUGGAAGAAUGCUGACUACCUUAUCUUUAAUACCUACAUAUGGUGGAUGAACACUUUCAAUAUGAAAGUCUCACGAGGAUCGUUCGAUGAAGGGGCCACGGAAUAUGAUGAAGUCCCUAGGCCAGAAGCAUAUGAGAGAGUGAUGAGGACAUGGUCAAAAUGGGUGGAUGAACAUAUUGACCCAAAUAGAACCAAAGUUUUCUUCACUGGCACGUCACCUCUUCAUAUCAAGAGUGAGGAUUGGAACAACCCUGAUGGUAUAAAGUGUGCUAAAGAAAUAACUCCAGUUCUGAAUAUGUCGACACCGUUGAAUGUGGGCACAGAUCGCCGUCUUUUUGUGAUUGCCAACAAUGUGACAAAAUCAAUGAAGGUUCCAGUGUACUUUAUAAACAUCACAACCUUAUCAGAGUAUAGAAAAGAUGCACAUACUUCUGUUUAUACGAUACGUCAAGGAAAGAUGCUUACACCAGAACAACAAGCUGACCCAACUACUUAUGCAGAUUGUAUUCAUUGGUGUUUACCAGGAUUACCCGACAUUUGGAAUGAGUUCCUUUACACGCAAAUCAUCUCUCAAUCUUGA